UAUGUAGUGUUAGUUCCAUCCUCUGUCUGUUUCAGAGUUUUCAUUUAAGGAAACUUGAAAGACUUGAAUCUAUUUUUUGUUAUUACGCAUCCUGUUUAUUUAGCUUUACUUGAGUGGGGUCAAAAUCUUUGACGUAGGAUCUCCGGAGUACAGCACCAUGUAUGGUAGUCACCACAGCUGCUUCUGUAAAAACAGGAACUUUAUGGUGCAUUAAGUUAACCUCGUAAACUCAUGGGAAUGGCUAGGAGGUUUGUUUAAUAGAGAAAGGUCUUGUCUUUUCUUUUUUUUAGAUAUUUACUUUAAAUGUUCUUUUUCUGCAGUUUUUUUCAAUGUAUAGAUGUAAUAACAAAUUCUAACCAGUCUCAGUCUUUAACAUACCAAGCAACUUUGGCAUAAUCUUAUAUAAGUAAGGAGAAAACAGUGAUAAAUAGCUAUAACCCAUUUAAAAUGUAGGCAAACAACUUAAAAUAUAAAGAUAUUAUUAUUUGCAGUACCUUACAAAUUAUUAAGUAACUCAGGCAGGAAAGAAACACGUUUAUUUAACUCUGAUAUGUUUAAUUAUUUGGGGCUUUUUUCGCCAGGGUUUGAGCUUUAUUAACAGGGCCCGAGUUUAUGGGUGUAUGCUGUCCAGAACGGCCAGCCCCUUUCCUAGCAGUGGUGGGUGUGUCUAUCUCUAUGUCAGGAGAACCAAGUGAGCAGAGUGUAGCUCAUUGCUGUUAGAGCCUGAGGAUACACAAGCUGGCAGUUAGAAAAUAAUUACGUACUGCUUCAAACAAAUCAUCACCUGUGCAAAAAGCAAACUGAAACAGGCCGCAGGUUGCUUGUAUUUGCACAGGCAUAUUAAGACGCGAUGUCAGACUCUCCUAAUUGCUGCAUCUGUCUGGAUGAGUUCGCAAGCCCCGUGUCCAUCCCCUGUGGACACGUCUUCUGCUUGGGAUGCAUUGGAGAAUACUGGAAAAUCAACGAGGCCUGCCAGUGCCCCCUUUGCAAGACUUUGUUUCCUACCAGGCCACAGCUCAAAACAGACCAGACACUACAUACUGUGAAAGCACCUCAACCUUUAAAAGCUGGAGAGGUUCCCUGUGACUCCUGCUCAGCAAAACGUCCUGCAGUCAAAUCCUGCCUGAUGUGCAUGGCUUCCUACUGCACCACUCAUCUGGAAGCACAUUACCAGACUGAAGAGCUUAGGCGCCAUCUACUGGUCAGUGUGGUAAAAAACCUCGAGGAUUCUGUGUGCAAACUGCAUGGGAAGAAGUUGGAGAAGUUCUGCAGGAGUGACCGGGCGUGCAUUUGUGCUAUGUGUGCACAGACAGAGCAUUGGAGCCACAACAUCAUUUCUAUUAGCCGGGAAGCCUUUAAGAAGAAGGUUAUUGUAAAACGAAGGAGGAUGAAACUUCAGCAAGAGGUUCAAGAUAGAGUGAGUGAAGCUGAGAAAAUCAAACUCACUGUAGAUCUCAGUGGACAAAGUCCAAAAGAGGAAUGGCAAACAAAUAAAGAGCUCGAACAGCUGGAAGAUGAAAUCUUUGAGCUCCAGAGGAGAAAUGUUGAGCUAGAACAGCUCUUGAAGAUUGAAGAUGAUCUCUUAUUCUUACAGGUUUGCUUCCUGGUAAACUUAAAACCAACUGCAGCAUUAAACACAUGCACACAAAACACAACACUAAUUUCAGUGUUGUGUCUCUCUUGUCUCUGCAGAGAUCUCUCCAUGGUGCUUUGUGAUUCAAGAAACAUGCUGAUCAACAAAUCUUUAUUUAUGUGUUUGUUUGUUUGUUUUUUUAGUUAUAAAAUGAUUAUGUAAUCUCAGCUGGGUGGGUGUGUUAGCUUUCAAGGAAAAGUACGCUCUGAUUCAUGA